AUGGCCAGGGCUCUCAAAUACUUGCUCUACGGAGUUGCUGCCUUUGCCGCGGGCACGAGUGCGGCUCCUGUGUGCUCUGCUCCCGGCGGCGGCGGUGCGAGUCCUCGGGUAUUCGAGGCUGAAGAUGCCACCCUGGGCGGGACAACCGUCGACACAGCCCAGGCUGGGUUCACUGGCACCGGCUAUGUGACUGGCUUCGAGGACGCCACCGACAAGGUGACCUUCACCAUCGACAGCGAGACCACCCAGCUGUACGACCUCAGCAUCCGCGCGGCCGCCAUCUACGGCGAGAAGCGGACCACGGUGAUUCUCAACGGCGGCGCAAGCAGCGAGGUGCUCUUCCCGGCGGCAGACACCUGGGCCGACAUUGCCGGCGGGCAGCUCCUGUUGAACGCGGGCGAUAACACAGUCGAAAUCGUCAGCAACUGGGGAUGGUACCUCAUCGACUCGAUCACACUCACCCCCUCCGCCCCGCGCCCCGCGCACGACAUCAACCCCUCGCCCGUCAACCCCUCCGCCAACGCCGACGCCAUCGCCCUGUACAGCUACCUGCGUUCCAUCUACGGCAAGCAGAUCCUCUCCGGCCAGCAAGAGCUCUCCUACGCGGACUGGAUCGCCGAACAGACGGGCAAGACGCCCGCGCUGGUGUCGGUCGACCUGAUGGACUACUCGCCGUCGCGCGUCGAGCGCGGCACCGUGGGCACGGCCGUCGAGGAGGCGAUCACCCACCAUGAGAGGGGGGGUAUUGUGUCGGUGUUGUGGCAUUGGAACGCGCCAACGGGGCUGUAUGAUACCGAGGAGCAGCGGUGGUGGAGUGGGUUUUAUACGGCGGCGACGGACUUUGAUGUUGAGGCGGCGUUGGCGUCGACGACGAAUGCGAAUUAUACGCUGUUGAUUCGUGAUAUUGAUGCGAUUGCCGUGGAGUUGAAGAGGCUGCAGGCGGCGGAGGUGCCGGUGCUAUUUAGGCCGCUGCAUGAGGCCGAGGGGGGUUGGUUCUGGUGGGGAGCGAAGGGGCCUGAGCCGGCGAAGAAGCUGUGGGGGAUUUUGUACGAGCGGUUGACGGUUCAUCAUGAGAUCAAUAACUUGAUCUGGGUCUGGAACUCGUUGGCGGAAUCGUGGUAUCCCGGUGAUGAUACCGUGGAUAUCCUGUCGGCGGAUGUGUAUGCUCAGGGUAAUGGGCCCAUGUCAACCCAGUACAACCAACUUAUCGAGCUUGGGAAGGACAAGAAGAUGAUUGCCGCGUCAGAGGUUGGCGCUGCACCCCUCCCCGACCAGCUGCAGGCUUACGAGGCACACUGGUCGUGGUUCGCUGUGUGGGGUGACACCUUCAUCAACAAUCCCGACUGGAACUCGCCGGAGAACUUGAAAACGGUAGGAUAUCUUCCGGCCCAGAGUAUCAUUCGCGUAGGAAGUUUGGACGCUAACAGAUAG